ACUCUAUACGACAGGUCAGCAACGUAAAAUCUUGCAUCAUCUCCGCCGUCCAUUUCAUUGACAUUUUCCACUGUUAAAGUCAAAUCACUAACAGAAUUAAAAAGAUUUUCAUAAGCCGAAAACCGCCCGAUCUAAACCCUCUUUUUUCGAAGAACACAACUCAAAAACAAUUCAAACAACAAACCACCAAAAAUCAAACCAUUCUAUCAAAAUAAUUCAAAUUGUUGUUAUUUAAUCACACACACCCACCCAAUUAGAAUCUGCAAUUUUUAAAAAAAUUAUUGAUAAGGAAACCCUAAGUUGUCAUGAUCAGAUGCUUUCAAGUGUACAGUAACAGUAAUCAUCAUGAUCAACACAACGAACGGUAUGAUUUCAACGUCGUCGGCAUCGGGAAACACGCAGUCGCCGGGGUUGAAGACGUAUUUCAAAACUCCGGAGGGUCGGUAUAAGCUUCACUAUGAGAAGACUCAUCCCUCUGGUCUGCUUCAUUAUGCUCACGGAAAAACCGUUACUCAGGUAACAGUAGCGAAUCUAAAAGACAAGCCGGCUCCCUUUACGCCGACAGCCCCAGCUUCGAGCUUCAGUGCUAGCAGUGGGGUACGAUCAGCUGCAGCGAGGUUGUUGGGCGCUAGCAAUGGAAGCCGUGCACUUAGCUUUGUUGGAGGGAAUGGUGGGGGUAAAAACGUUAGUGGCAGUAGUAGGAUUGGAUCAUUGGGUGCUUCGAGUUCAAGCAGUCCGUUGAUUAAUCCAAAUUUUGAUGGAAAAGGAACUUACUUGAUUUUUAAUGUGGGAGAUGCAAUCUUUAUAAGCGAUUUAAACUCUCAAGAUAAGGAUCCAAUAAAAUCUAUACACUUUAGUAAUUCAAACCCUGUAUGCCACGCCUUUGAUCAAGAUGCUAAGGAUGGCCAUGACUUACUCAUUGGGUUGAAUUCUGGUGAUGUCUACUCGGUGUCACUAAGACAACAAUUACAGGAUGUUGGAAAGAAGCUUGUUGGAGCCCAGCAUUAUAACAAAGAUGGUUGUGUUAAUAACAGCCGUUGUACAAGUAUUGCAUGGGUGCCAGGAGGUGAAGGUGCUUUUAUUGUUGCUCAUGCUGAUGGGAGUUCGUACGUGUAUGAGAAGAAUAAGGAUGGUGCAGGUGAUUCAUCAUUUCCUCUUAUCAAAGAUAUAACUCAAUUUUCUAUUGCACACGCGCGAUAUAAUAAGAGUAAUCCUGUUGCCAGGUGGCAUAUUUGCCAAGGUGCAAUCAAUAGCAUUGCCUUCUCAGCAGAUGGGGCCUACUUAGCUACUGUUGGAAGAGAUGGUUAUUUACGAGUUUUUGACUAUUUUAAAGAACAACUUAUAUGUGGUGGGAAAAGUUAUUAUGGUGCUCUACUGUGCUGUGCUUGGAGCAUGGAUGGAAAAUACAUUUUGACCGGAGGUGAAGAUGAUUUAGUUCAAGUUUGGAGCAUGGAGGAUCGGAAGGUUGUGGCAUGGGGCGAAGGGCACAACUCAUGGGUCAGUGGAGUGGCUUUUGAUUCGUAUUGGUCAUCACCAAAUUCAGAUGGUACAGGGGAGACUAUAAUGUAUCGGUUUGGGUCUGUUGGUCAGGACACACAGUUGCUUCUGUGGGAUUUAGAAAUGGACGAGAUUGUUGUGCCAUUACGCCGUUGUCCUCCUGGUGGAUCACCCACUUUCAGUACAGGAAGUCAGUCAUCACACUGGGACAAUGCUGUACCAGUGGGUACUUUACAACCUGCUCCUAGUAUGCGAGAUGUACCAAAGCUGUCCCCUGUAGUUGCUCAUCGUGUUCACACGGAACCCCUUUCUGGCUUGUUAUUCACUCAGGAAUCGGUUCUGACUGUUUGCCGAGAGGGCCACAUAAAAAUCUGGAUGAGACCCGGUAAUGGAGAAAGCCAGUCGGGCAACUCUGACACCGUUUUGGGUUCCAGUUUGAAGGAGAAGCCUUUGAUUUCAAGUAGAAUGGGGAGCUCCAACUAUAAACAAUGACCAAUGUCAUCAGAGCGCAUCUUGAUUUUAUAUUUGAAUUUGCUAGCGUGGCCGUUGUUGUGCUCUGCCGGUUGGUGUUCUCACAAAUGGGCACUUGGAGAAAGCAAUCGAAUCUGAUUGCAGUGAGAUUAAAACUAACCGGUUACUGUAUAUUUAGGGAUAAGAAGUGCCAUUGGUGGCAUUAAGAGCUUAGGAGGCAGAGAGGAGCUCCUUUGUAAGUACAAAACGGCUAUGGCUAGGAUAUAUGUGUACUGCAUAUAUUGAAUUACUGAAAGGAAUAAUUGGAAGUUGGUCCUUUGAGAUUUGUGUUUCUUGGUAAUGUAAUGCCCUUUUUGUUGAAUCUUCAUUUUAGUGGGGAGGAUUUCAUGCUCAAACACAAGCAACUUCAUGUUUAUUUGAUUUAGUGUUAACCUUCUAAGAUUUUAUCUGAA